AUGGAUGCACAUGUUCUGAGAUUCGAAACCCCUGCAGGAACAGAGCAAGACCAAGAGGGGCAGGGAAGCCAAGGCAAAGAAGCCGGUGGCAAGUACGCCAUCGACGAAAGCGAGCACCCCUCAGGUCACCUCACCCGGAACUUCGAUUCCAAGUGCGCCUUCUGCUUCAAGGAGAUGGGGCUGGGAGGUGGAGAGCCCCGCAAGGGUGACGAUGGUUCAGGUGCUGCAUCAAAGGUGGAGGCAAUCGAUUGCCGCGAUGCUGCAGCUAAGCUGGCCAAGGAGUUACCGCCGGAGCUCGCAUCGCGAGCGGAGUUCAUCGUUAAGGCUCUGCAGCGUGCGGCCACACAUGAGAUGCUGGGAGGUGUGCAAACCCGCCCGGAAAAUUCUGUGCCAACCCAGAAGCUCGCUGAGAACCCGGAGGGACCCGUUGCCACGAAGCCAGUUCCAGCUGAGGUUUCCAGAGCAGAUGGUUUGCAAAACCAGAAGCCCACUCAGAACCCGGAGGCCCCAAGUAAGACGAAGCCCAACGAGCCCGAGGUUUCCAGAGCAGAUGGUGUGCGUAUCCAGAAGCCCACUCAGAACGCGGAGGUUGCAAGUAAGGCGAAGCCCAACGAGCCCGCAGUUUCCACAGCAGAUGGUGUGCAUAUCCAGAAGUCCACUCAGAACCCGGAGGCCCCACCUGAGACGAAGGCUGAGGCCCACAGUGAUCACGAUGGUGAGGAAUGCGACUCGCAGGGGGGGGACGUUCCUGCGAAGAAGAGCGGCAAGAGGGAGAAGACCGAGGACGAGAAGGCUCAUCAUGCUGCGUGGAUGCGAAUGCACCGGCAGAUCCGAAGUGGUGGCUUGCAGGAGAUGGAUCUGAUGCGAGUGUGGGUGGCUCGGGACGAGGAAAGGCUCGAGAAGGAGGAGACAUCGUUUGAGUUUAAGAUGGAUUGUCGGCUGGAGUGCGAAGCUACCAAGAGCCUUUUGAGAUUCGGCUGCAGGGCAACCCUGAAGCUGCUGGAAGAUGAAAGCACAGGCGAGGAUCCGCCUGUGAAUUCGAGGAGAGGUGAGAACAAUCGUGACGAUCCGAAGCCGCCCAAGAAGGAACGGCCAGAUGAGUUGCAGAAAUCGCUGCUGAAAAGCCUGCAGCCUGUGGUUGCUCAGAUGCAGAAAGCCUACAACGAGGCUCAGCAGGUCUGGGCAGAUGAACAGGAGGACUCCUACGAGCACCAUCUUUCGAUCAUCAAAAAAAUGAUGGAAAGUUACGACUCAGCCACGGUUCACAUUAAGGUGCACGCCAAGCCAAAGAGUCAGCCCAAAGCAAAGGGCAAGGGCAAAGCCACUCAGGUCUAA